UUAAAAAAAAAAAAAAAAAAAAAAAAACCCUCCGAAUCAAAUUUCAAUAGAUCGGAGACAGGAACACGGACGCAGUGGCGCUAAAAUGGAAGAGAGCUCCACCGAUUCGGAAUCGAUUGUUAUGGAAACCCUAAGAAGCAGAGGAUGGUGUUUAAGAGACAUUGAGCUCGUGAAGGCCAUCAUCAUGAUCCACUCCGCUUUGGCCGAUGAUGCUUCUACCGUGGUGGGUUCAGUGGAGUCUGAGCUCUUGAACACCGAUCUUAAAUCUAUCGGAGACAAGUCCCUACCCGACCCCACGCUUCUUCGCAACCGCAAGUCCUCCCAUAUUCUCGGUCCCAAAGUCCUUCAGAUAUCUUCAGUGAGAGACAUAACAAAAAGCAGCAUUGAGGAUGUCUCACGAAGUUCAGGUAGUCGGCGACUCCUAAAGUUAGGUCUCACGGAUGGGCACACGGAGAUAACAGCUAUAGAGUUCGCUCCCGUCCCUUCAGUUCCGGACGACCUUUUUCCAGGAGCUAAGGUCCGUUUGGAAGAUAAAGCUACAAUACGUAGUGGUAUAGUCUGUUUAAAUCCUAAAGUGUUAUCCUUCUUAGGAGGAGUUGUUCAACCACUCUAUGAAGAAUGGCAGAUGAACCAGAAAUAUUCAGGUGUCUCCCGGUCAUCUUUGAGGCUAUCACGGGAAAGUGAUACAGGAGGCCCUCCUCUAUUUGAGAAGCUGCAAAUUCCGGCACCUUCACAUCGGUUUGUUCAGCAAGGAAAAUCUUCUGAUUAUGCUGGGUCUUCUUCUAAGAGCCAUGGCCCUAAUGCUGUCACUGGAAAUACUGAUUUUAAGCCAACUGGAAGGAAGAAAAAACUUGAUAAGUCAGCUGGCAUGAUCUGGAACCCAAAAGGAGCCUCUGUUAUAGAGAGGACUGAAGAAAAGCCAAGCAGCGUUGAAAUGAGACCAAAAGAAGAUUACGCUGGAUCUACUUCCAAGAGCCAUGGUCCUAAUGCUGUUGUUGGAAAUGCUGAUUUUAUGCCAACUGGAAGGCAGCAAAACUUUGAUAAGUUAACUGACAUGAAUAGGAAUCCCAAAACAUCUUCUGUUACAGAGAGGACUGAAGAAAAGCCAAGCAGCUCUGAAACAAGACCAAAAGAAGUGGUGGAAUCUGUCCCUGUUCAAAAUCAAGCUGCUGCACAGAAACUACUCCAGACAAUGAAUCAUCAAAGCCGGGAUGGUCGACAUUCCAAAGGUCAAAGACAUAGGGGAAAGGGGAAACAAGAAGAGCCAUUUGUUUUCACUUUGGAUGAGUGGGAAAUGAGAAAAGCUGAGGGAAAGCCUCUAAAGAAAGAAGAGCUUCCAGACAUUAGUCGUGACGAGAAUCUUGCAUGGAAGCUUCAAAGCGAAUUUGAUUUGGAAGAUUCUCAUGUACAAAGGGGUCCUCAUAAAGCAGGGGCAGAUGACUUGAGAAUGAGUAUGUUUAAUUAUACAAGAGAUGACGAUAGGUCUCGUUCUUCAGGACACGGAGGGGGAGGGAGGGGAAGGGGAAGGGGAAGGGGAAGGGGGAGGGGAAGGGGAAGACGUGGUUAAAUUUUGAUCUUCCUCUAAAAAUUAUCUAUAUUCUUGUAUCAUCUUGGUGUGUUAUAUAGCUGUAACGCCCUUUUACCUAUAUCAAAACUGCAGUGCAUCACUUCGUUAUUUUGCUUCAUUUCAUCAUCAGUAUCAUUCGUCAGAUUUCGAUUUUCAA